AUGGUCCGUCUACUAAUCGUCAUAAUCAUCAUCCUUGCCCUCGUGUUCCACUGCUUGCGAGUUCCGCGCGGCUUCUUCGUCGAAGUCAUCGACAUCAUCACCAUCCUCCUCCAAAAGCUCUGCCUGUUGCUCAUCAUAUGUGCGAGUUCUUGCACCAGGAACAUCCAUUUCCUCCUCAUAGCCCUCUUCAUAGCCCUCCUCGCCAUCCGGACUAGUCUUCCGACUAUUAUGGACUCUCAAAUAGCACGUCUUCGGUCACAGAUAGACCAUAGGUCAGAGACGUCGUUCUUGAAUGUACAAGGGCCCGAGAUCGACGACGUGUUUGGCGGUCUGACUGUAAGACAAGACGGUACGCUCAAGAUACCAGACCACUACAAAAAGCUUCGGCCAACGCUCCAAGCAUACCUGCGCCAGGACCAAAGGUUCAACUGGGGUACCAAUCCCACAAAGAGGGAGUGGGAGGCGUUGUUCAACGACCUCGCAGCUGCAGAAGUGAAGGCCAAUGACUCCGGCAGCGGUUCAGCUGAUGCUUUCGGCCACAUGCUGGUCAAAAUCGGCGAGCGGGCUGAUAGGAUAGACCCCUGGAUCAACUUGAUCCCAGACGAGUUCGGACUAUGUGUCGUCAAGUCGGCUUUCGCCCUCUUACUGGAUACAGCAAAGUCGGACUCGGAGAGAAGACAAGCAAUUUCUGAUGCUUUCCUAGUGGUCAGAGACGCUAUCGCGGAUGCCAGCUCCAAAGGCAUUCAUUUUCAGACCGAGCCUAGCGUCUACCGAGCGGCAGGAGAUCUAUAUGAAUCUAUAGCAGAUGCUAUCCAAGAGCUUUUGUCGCUUGUCAAAACUCAGAAGCAGCUCGAUGUCACGACAAUCGAAUGGCCCAUCAACAAUCAGAAAACAGAACCGGACAUCGGACUAGGGUCAUCGGUGCAACGUGAAGCUUCCAGGGCGGUGAUAUCACUAGACCGUCUCGUCAAAAUCCUAAGCGCCCCGUCCCCGGGUCGUAUACUAGCCCAGGAUGCGUCCAUUGAUCUCAACGUGCUGUUCUUGAGACAAAGAGAUCUGGAACGUAUUCUCCAGAACACUGCCCGGUUCGACCCCAGAGCCGAAAGCCGGGCGCACACCAUCCUCAACCAAGACAGGUUCUCUGAAUGGAUGCAGCAGGACCAUCCCGACAUGCCCCUGGUUGAUGGGGGCAUACCUGGGUCGGCCCAGGAUGCAAUCUCCCCGAUGUCCCUUCUCUGUGCCAACUUGAGUCUCGUUCUGGGUGAACACGAGCCCAACAGCAUCUUCGCUAUAUUCUACUGCGGACUGCAUACCAGGCCGUAUAAUGACGACUGGUACGGUCCGUCCGGGAUGCUCCGGUCUUCUAUAGCACAGGUUUUGUUGGCUCUGAUAGAGAGAAAUUUCCUUGAUCUAGGCUGCCUCGGCCGAAGGGGCUACGUCCGAGGACUUGAGCGUCACGAUUUGGGAAUAUUGUGCGACCUUCUCAGUGACCUGGUAUGUCAAUUCGAUGCCGAAACGAUCAUUUAUGUCAUCAUCGACGGAGUAUCAAAGUUCGACGUCGACUACAACAACAUAUUCCAAAGGUUAAAGGUGGCGAUACGGCGGUUUGGAGACAUCGUCAAAGACGACGAGUUGAGGCUCAGGCUGAAGAUUCUCAUGACCGUACCCUUCAGAUCGUCGAUAAGAUCGAAGAACAUCGUAGACACCAAGUUUCAACUGGCUUCACUUCAGCAGCUUUUGGCUCCCAACAAACUGUCGAAAGGUUCCAUCCUGUCAUCGAUUUUGAGCCCGUCAACUCUGCAGAGCGCAGCCACUACAUCAAGUCUGCAAAACGACUUGCCAGAAUGGGGCAGUGAAGAUUACGAUGACGAGUAG